AUGGGCGUGGUCAGGUGGCGUGGGGGGCGGGGCCUGGUUUUGCCGGGUGCGCGCGCAUCUAGCCACCCAACAGUCGGCGUCUCCGUCAGAAGAUUCCGAGGACCUGGUGGGCCUGAGGGGCCGCUCUCCCGCCCCGCCCUGGACUCUUCCGCACUGCAUACUCCCCCGAGGCGGGGGCCCCGGACCCCAGGGCUCCGGAGGACUCAACCAGGACUUUCCCAAAGUUGCCGCGGGGCCUUCCAGUCCCCUCGGCCAUCUCCCAAGUCUGGCCAGGCUGAUGGGGCCAGCAAGGAUUCUCUGCGCCUUGACAUUCAGAAACUGAAGGAGAAGAGGGAUCUGCUGGACAAGGAGAUCACCCAGUUAAUAUCUGAAGGCUACAGUGUGGAUGAACUGGAGGACCACAUCUCCCAGCUCCAUGAAUAUAACGACAUCAAGGAUAUAGGCCAGAUGCUGCUAGGCAAACUAGCCAUGAUCCGAGGUGUCACCACCAAAGAGUUGUAUCCAGAAUUUGGCCUGGAAAUGAACGACUGAACCAAGGCUCACAGUCCUUUGUCCACAGCCCGAUGGGACAGGUGGAUUUGAACAUGAGAGGCAGUGAGAGCCCAGCCAGCACACCCACAGGCUUCCCAGUGAGAAAGUUUCAGAAGCCGUUUUCUAGAGAGCUCAAUCUGAAUCAGGAGGGAGCCUGGAGAAGAGGCACAUGGUGUGGAAGUACUAUUACCUGCUCCACAUUUCCUGAAAUGUUCUGGUGAUAUCUACAUGUGUGUAUGUCUGCCGUUUGUAAAUAAACAUACAAGCAAUCUUGA